AGUCCCACAUUGUUAUCGUUAUCAGUCCAGCAGAAAAUCUUGCCAGACGACUGAUGAGUUGCAAAUUCCUCUGAUUCGGUUGUCUAGUGCGAAAAUGGAGAUAGACUUGUUGACGGCAGCGGCCAUCUGCAGCAUAAUUCUAUUGAUUUAUCGUUACGUUUCGAAAAAAUAUGAAUAUUUUCUGGUGAAACCGAUACCAUGCGUGAAACCGACUUUCUUCUUCGGGAGUACCGGAGCGGUGUUUUUCCUAAGGCGGGAUAACGUAUCGCAUAUGAAUAUGCUCUACUACACGUUUCCGGAUGCCAAAUUAAUUGGCCUGUAUGACUUCAUGCAACCGAUCGUGUUGCUUCGCGACCCAGAGGUAAUCAAAAAGCUAAUAGUUAAGGAUUUCGAUCAUUUUUCCGACCAUCCGGCCGUGAUGACCAAUGCGGACGACGGGGAAAGUUUGUUCGGCAAUUCGCUGAUUGCACUGCGGGGUCAAAAAUGGCGCGAUAUGAGAGCUACCCUGAGUCCGGCUUUUACCGGCAGUAAGAUGAGACACAUGUUCGAACUGGUGUCGAGCUGUGCCCGAGCUAUGAACGGAUUUUUCCUCGCGGAAAUGAAAGCCGGAAAGAGGCUGGAGUGUGAAAUGAAGGACAUUUUCUCGCGUAUAGGGAAUGAUGUCAUCGCUACGGUAGCCUUUGGAAUCCAGGAAGAUUCACUGAAGAAUCGGGAAAAUGAAUUUUACAUUAAGGGUAAAGAGAUGCUCAACUUUCAAUCGGUUAUGAUACUGGUUAAGAUAUUGCUAUUUAGAUGUGCACCACGCUUGGCACAAAAGCUGGGAAUUGAUUUUGUUGACCCCCAACUUACGAACUACUUUAAAGGAAUGAUCGUCGAUAACAUGAAGCAGAGAGAAACCCAUGGAAUAAUACGCAAUGACAUGAUACAGAUGCUACUGGAAGUACGAAAAGGUGCGUUGAAACAUUCGAACAACGAGCAAGAUCAAAAGGAUGCUGGUUUUGCUACGGUUGAGGAAUCCAGCAUUGGACGAGCAGCACAUUCCCGCGUGUGGACCGAAAACGAAUUGAUUGCACAGUGCUUUAUAUUUUUCCUAGCAGGAUUUGACACCGUUUCCACGUGUAUGUCAUUCCUGACCUACGAACUAGCGGUCAAUCCCGACGUUCAGAAGCGUCUUUCCGAAGAAAUCAAGGAGACUGAGCAGUCACUCGGCAACGAAUCGCUGAGCUAUGAAGUGCUGCAAAAGAUGGCGUACAUGGAUAUGGUUGUUUCGGAAGCACUUCGUGUGUGGCCCCCGGUUGUCGCUACCGACCGACAAUGCGUGAAAGAGUAUCAAUUCGACGAUGGCUUCGGAACAAAAUUUGUGAUUGAAAAGGAUCAAACUAUUUGGAUUCCCAAUUACGCCAUUCAUCAUGAUCCGAAGUUUUAUCCGAACCCGCAGAAGUUCGAUCCGGAACGAUUUAACGAAAGCAACCGCGCUAAGAUUAAUCCCUCUACGUAUCUUCCAUUCGGUGUUGGUCCACGUAACUGCAUCGGAUCACGUUUGGCACUGAUGGAAGUAAAACUGAUGUUGUAUUACCUUCUGAAAGACUUUACCCUACAGCCGACGGAGAAAACGCAAAUUCCACUACAACUUGCAAAAAAUGCGUUCACCCUCCAGGCUGAAAAGGGAAUCUGGGUUGAGAUCAAAGGUAGACAGUUGUGAAACGUAAAUUUAGUUUAGUUCUUCCAAACUGCAUGCGCGGGACACAAUCACCUCGGAAACGAUUCUGAUCCAAUGAAGCAAGUUUGAACUAAUUUGCAGACGGUGUUUUGAACUCUGAUGGGAAUAAUCUAGAAUUAUGGUGAAAUAUACUAGUGUUCGAAUAAACUAAA